UUCCAUAUCCCCAAUUCCAUCAUCUUCACUGAAAUAAGUCGAAACCCUAGAAUUACAAAAAACAAUAAUAAUCACCAUAUUUAUUCCCUUUUGAAGUUUUCAUAUGAAUAAGUUUCCUUCAAAUUGAAAUAAUAAUUAACAAACUAAUAAAAUGGGAGCAAGUAGAAAGCUUCAAGGUGAGAUCGAUCGAGUUUUAAAGAAAGUUCAAGAAGGAGUUGAUGUUUUUGAUAGCAUUUGGAAUAAGGUAUAUGAUACAGAUAAUGCAAAUCAAAAGGAGAAGUUUGAAGCUGAUUUAAAGAAAGAAAUAAAGAAACUUCAAAGAUAUAGAGACCAGAUUAAGACAUGGAUACAGUCUAGUGAAAUCAAGGAUAAAAAGGUUAGUGCCUCUUAUGAGCAGGCUUUGAUGGAUGCUCGUAAGCUCAUUGAGCGUGAAAUGGAACGGUUCAAGAUUUGUGAAAAGGAAACAAAGACAAAAGCUUUCUCCAAGGAAGGCCUAGGACAGCAGCCUAAAACGGACCCAAAAGAGAAAGCGAAGUCAGAGACUAGAGAUUGGUUAAACAAUACGGUGUCUGAGUUGGAAUCUCAAAUUGAUAGCUUUGAAGCUGAGAUGGAGGGGCUAUCUGUUAAGAAAGGAAAAGCGAGACCUCCAAGACUGACACAUUUAGAGUCAUCAAUUACUCGGCACAAGGCCCAUAUAAUGAAGCUAGAGUUGAUAUUGAGGCUGUUAGAUAAUGAUGAACUGAGUCCUGAACAAGUCAAUGAUGUUAAAGACUUCAUUGACGACUAUGUGGAACGGAACCAGGAAGAUUUUGAUGAAUUUGAGGAUGUUGAUAUGCUAUACAACACCUUGUCACUGGACAUGGUAGAGGCGCUAGAAGAUCUAGUUUCCAUUGUGCCACCGGGCCUCGUCAAGGGUGUUGGUGCUACUGGUGCUGGUCUAACUAUGAAAACUGCUUUGUCUUCACCUCCAGUUCAGUCACCGGUAGCUUCUGUCCCGGAGCAAGUCGAGGAUACAGUAUCCCAGGACAAUAGCUCAGAGCAUGUGCCAAAGACCCCACCUCCAAAAAGUAGUGGAAUCUCAUCUUCUCCUACAACACCAGCUGGCAGCCAUGCAACCCCUGUUGCUGUUGCUGCUUCUUCAAGCCUUCCUGGUUCAAGUUCUGUCAGGGUCGUUGCGGAUAACACAGGCUCCGCCGUUCCUUCCUCUCCCAUAAACAAUGCUAGUAAGGAAGAAGAGGCUGGAGGCUUCCCUGUUCGUAAAUCAUCCCCGGCCCUCAGUGAAGCUGGAUUAAGGAUGGGUAGAGGCAGUUUGACCAGUCAAUCUUCAGCUACUAUUCCCAUUAGUUCAAGCACCAGUAAUAUAUCUACAAAUGGUGUUGCUCCUUCAGUUUCUGAAAUGGCUAAGAGAAACAUAUUAGGGGGUGACGAAAGAGUUGGCAGUAGUCCCAUGGUGAACCCUCCGGUUUCAUCUUUGGGUAACAGAAUGAUGUUACCGCAAAGUGUUAAAACCAGUGAUGGUGCUGAUAAUGGAAAUGGUGGUGAGGCUGGGGGUUUGACUUCACGAGUGUUCUCUCCUUCUGGAGUUCCUGGCAUACAGUGGAGGCCUGGAAGUUCCUUCCAAAGCCAGCAUGAAGGAGGGCAGCUACGUGGGAGAACUGAAAUUGCACCAGAUCAAAGGGAGAAAUUUUUACAACGGUUCCAGCAAGUGCAGCAACAAGGUCAGAGUAAUCUCCUUAGCAUGUCUCCCAAUAAGCAAUUCUCAACUCAGCAGAACCCUCUUCUGCAGCAGUUUAAUUCUCAAAGUUCAACUGUGUUGCCACAAGGUGGGUUAGGUGGAGCGCAGCCAGCAGGUCCAAACACUAUCACCUCUUCACAACAAUCAAAUUCGAUUCAUAUGCAGUCCGGUCAACAGUCACUUAUGUCGACUAGUUCUAAAGAUACUGAAAUUGGUAAUGCAAAAGUUGACGAGAUGGAGCAACAACAAAGCGAUGAUUUACCUUCUGAUUCUGCCCAAAGUGUCGGCCUUACCAAGAAUGCUGCCACUGAAGAAGAUUCAAAGCUGUCCUAUGCAUUAGAUAUGCAGUCUGGCGCAUCGGGGUCCUUGACGGAGUCUGUACAAGCUACACGAGAUGUGGAUCUUUCACCUGGGCAGCCUUUGCAAUCUAAUCAGUCUGCAAGUCUUGGUGUUAUUGGUCGAAGAAGCCUUUCCGAUCUUGGUACAAUUGGAGACAACCUUAGUGGAUUAGCUGUGAGCUUAGGGGGAACUCAUGAUCAGCAAUACAACCUGCAGAUGCUUGAGUCUGCCUUUUACAAACUCCCCCAACCCAGAGACUCCGAACGAACAAAGACUUACACUCCGAGACACCCUGCUGUGACUCCUCAAAGCUAUCCUCAAGUACAGGCUCCAAUUGUCAAUAACCCAGCUUUUUGGGAACGUCUUGGAUCUGAUAACAUUGGCACAGACACUUUAUUUUUUGCAUUCUACUAUCAGCAGAAUGCUUAUCAACAAUAUUUGGCUGCCAAAGAGUUGAAGAAGCAAUCAUGGAGGUACCAUAAAAAGUACAAUACGUGGUUUCAACGACAUGAGGAACCAAAAUUCGCCACCGAUGAUUAUGAACAGGGAACAUACGUGUACUUUGAUUUUCAUAUUGGCAAUGAUGAGAUGCAAAACGGCUGGUGUCAAAGAAUAAAGACGGAUUUCAAAUUCGAGUACAAUUUUCUUGAAGAUGAACUAAUCGUGUAAAUACAUAUGUUUUACACAAAUUCGAACGCAUGGCAGUUGCUGCUGCAAAUUCUGCGUCCCCAUCCCGGUGGUGUUCUCUUAUUUUCACCCUCCAUGUAAACCAUAAAUCAACUUUUAAAAAGAAUGUAACCAUAAACCAUCAUUAGUUUUUUGCUUUAUUUUGUUUGUAGUUUUAUGUAACAUUUUACAAUUGAAAACACCAUUAAGUAUGCCAGUGUUUCUAUAGACAAACUUCAAUUUAUACA